AUGAGACUCCGGCGCAUCGCACUGGGUGCUUUCACACCGACAGUAUUCACUAGCGUUCGUUCUGUCUCCACCCGAGAGACGCUGUCGGUUGAGGAGCAGCGUUACCUGGACCAGGAGUUGCCCCCGAGAGAGCUCUUGACGAGUCUCCGCUCUCGUGAUCGGUCUCCAACCGAUGACAAUGAGACAGACGUAACCGUACCUGGUGAUUCGUUUGGCAUCAUGCGAAACCGUGUGGCGUUCUACAAACCAGUGCCACGGGACGUCUAUUCAGGCGAGCUUGGUGAGUGCUUCCCUGAAGGGUGCCACCCACUGCGGUGUGUCAAUCCUGCAACAUUACAUCACCUCAGCGAGCGGUUUGGUGUUAGCAUUAGGGAAGCCGUGAAGGCUAUGCAGAACGCGCAAAUGGACAUAAAUAUAGCUAUAGAUGAACUCUGCAGACGGAAAUGCAUCGACCCUCCGGCGGGGAGUUUUGGUUUGGUUGGUUUGGAAUCGUAUGCGUCUGAAACAUUUUGUUUGGUGAACUUCACCCUCCCGAGCCUAGAGGCAACACGAGAUGAUGAUGUAUUGGACGCCUUACACGAACUUACCCUUUCUGCGGCGGAGAUCCCGCUUGAUACACCCACGGAAGAUCUCGUAGACAAAUUUGUCAAUAACUGGACUGUGGAAGACGGAAGGAGUUGCAAAGAUGUACUGGAUAUGUACGAUUUGGGGGUAAAUAAGAUCGUUUUAUUACCUCAUGGGGACUAUAGUGUCGAGGGCUUCUAUGUUUUGCAUCCAGUGAAGGAAGAUACACCAAAUAUAGGAACGGGUGCUGCGGCUUGUUGCCUAGAUCUUAGGACAGGUAUACACAACCGGUUUCGAUUUCACGUGGAACGCAUCGCCGAUUCAGUAAGUGAGCACGUUAUUCGAGAAUUGGUGCACUACGGGCAGGACGUGCAUGUUCUCAGGCAAGCGUAUUGGUUCAAGCCGGAAUACAGUGUCGAGGAGUAUAUCCGUUUCAAGGAGUCAUUACUACAACCGAGCGCCUCUGUUUUCGAGAUGCGCUAUGCUGUCCUUGCAGUAGGUUCUUAUGCGCUACCGGGCUACAGGAAUCUUGUGGAGAUGGAGAAGCUGAAGGUAGCACAACACAAGUAUGAAAAACAUUACGAGGAUUUCAUGUCUCCAGGUAAGUGGUUGACGAGUGAUAAUUCACAGCUACAAACCGUGGCUGCAGGCGGUGGGAAUGCGCCCGGGGCAGCUCUGCACAUGCACACAAACGGCCCAGACGUAGCAUUAAAUGCUAUGGAAACACGAGCUGGUCCGCUUCGUCGGACACUGGAAACCUCUAUUCAGGCUCAUGGGGACCGCGUUUUCUCUCGUUUUUACCGGAACAACCAUCACUAG